CGGGAACAGUUUGUUUUGAAGAAUGACUUUUUACUUUCAGUUUGAAGGAUGGACAUUUUUCCUUUAGAUUUGAAUGCAUUUCAAGUUUCUGAAGAAUAUGGAUUCAUGCUCAUCAAACCAUUGAAAGUUCUACCAGAUUAUUUCAGUGAAUGGAAUACACUGGCUCGAAACAUGGCAGAGCUAGUACAACAGAAAACUCUGAGGGGUGCAGUUGACAAGAUGUCCUUGUUUGACCAUCAUAGACUCCAAGGGUACCGUGAACUCAGGUUGGCUCACCUUCAGCUGUCCAUCAUCGCCUCGGGAUAUAUCUGGCAGGAAGGGGAUAGUGGGGCAGCAAAGGUGCUGCCGGUCUGUCUAGCGGUUCCCUGGCACGGGGUGUCCAUGUUACUGGGGAUACAGCCAGUGUUGUGUCACCCAAGUCUGGUGCUCGCCAACUGGACUGUGGAUGAUCAAGGUGUGCUACAUAGUCUCUACAAUCUGCCGGGUGGUGAUCAUGCAGAGUGGUUUGUAACCGUCACAGCACAAGUUGAGUUGGCUUUUGCGAAGGGUUUGAAGGCCCUGAUGCAAGCGCUUACACAUGCUCAAAAUAGAAAUGUUGAUGCCCUGGUAAUUGAUUUGCAAAACAUCAAACACACUGUUCAGGAAAUGAAAAAGGCAUUCAACAAAAUGCAUGAAAAGCUGUCAGCUGAGACCUUUUACGAUGUGCUGCGGCCAUUUCUAAGUGGCUGGGGCGGAGAUGGGUCCCCACUCCCCGACGGUGUUGUGUAUACUGGGAUAAGUGAUGAACCAUUACAGAUGACAGGGGGAAGUGCAGCCCAAAGCUCCACCCUACAGUGCAUUGAUGCCGUUCUGGGGGUCAGACAUGGGCCUGAAAUUCGCAGUUUCUUAGAGAACAUGAGGAACUAUAUGCCACCUGGUCAUAAAGAGUUCAUAGAAACAAUAGAGGAGCAUUCCCAGGUCAAACUAGCAGUUGCCGAGAGUCAUGAUCAACAACUAACAGCAGCGUACAACGAGUGUCUGGAGUCUGUUGUUGACUUCAGGAGUUACCAUGUGCAGAUUGUUACCAAAUACAUUGUGCUAAUGGCGAACAGGGAAACGAGGAACAAAGACUAUGAGGCACUGGCUACCCGCGGAACUGGCGGAUCAAGUAUAUUACCAUUCCUGAAGAGCCUGCGUAGUACUACAUCUGAAACCCGCAUAAACGACAAUAAAUAUUCAGAACACAAGAGCUGAGAACGCCGCUUGAUGUAUGUGUCUUAUUAAAAGCAGUUCAAUCGACAAUACUUAAAGUAAUGAAUAUUAACUAUAAUUGUUUUGACUGUAUUGUUUUUGACAGCUGUUUUUCAGGGAUAUUUGACAUACCGAUAUUUAAAAUGUACAGGUUUAAAAAAUUAGUAUUUACAUGACAAUCUACUUAACAAAAUAUCUCUGUUGAACUGAAGACCAAGAAAUCGUAAAAGUUGUGUUUAUGUAUUUACCUGUAAAUGCAAAUUUAUAAUUUGAUUUGGUUGUCGGAAAGUUACUUUUAAGAUUUUAUAUCAUGUAUUAUUGGUGUACAUUUAAAAGCAAUUUUGUGAUAAUAUUUUGUUACAGUUUUACAUGAUUAUAUAUGACUUUUGACUUGUACAUUGCUCUGUAGACAUUUUAAACAUUUAAAUAUCCUUACACUAUGGAAUGUGAUGAUGUUAUUUUGUAGACUUUUUUUUCAGAGUUUUUUUUCCGUUUACAGCACAAAGUACAGUUAAGCAUGACCAUACAUAUGUAAUUGUACCAAAUUUUUUGUUUCUGCUGUUUUUGUGUCGCCUGACUAUGAUCAGGGGACAUAUAGGUGUUACUUUUUCGGCGUAACACUUUUUGAAAAAGGCUCAUAACUUCUGUGUCCCUUCAGAUAUUGCUUUCAUAUUUGAUAUGCAUGUGUAUCUGGACGACACCUUUCCAUGCGCAUACAAUAUUUGACCCCUGUGACCUUGACCUUGAAAUUGAGGUCAGCUUUCAGGUUUCAAAAUCUGCAACUGCGAUUCGAAAAAGGCUAAUAACAUCUGUGUCCCUUCAGAUAUUGCUUUCAUAUUUGGUAUGCAUGUGUAUCUAGACAACACCUUUCCAUGCGCAUACAAUAUUCUACCCCUGUGACCUUGACCUUGAACUGGAGGUCAAUGUUCAGGUUUGAAAUCUGCGAUCAGGAUUCGAAAAAGGCUCUUAACUACUGUGUCCCAUCAGAUAUUGCUUUCAUAUUUGUUAUGCAUUUGUAUCUGGACAAUACCUUUCUAUGGGCAUACAAUUUUUACACCUGUGACAUUAACCUUGAACUUGAAGUCAGCAUUCAGGUUUCGAAAUCUGCGACCGCGAUUCGAAAAAGGCUCACAACUACUGUGUCCCUUCAGAUAUUGCUUUCAUAUUUUGUAUGCAUGUGUAUCUGGACAACACCAUUCCAUGCGCAUACAAUAUUUUACCCCUUGACCUUGAACUUGAGGUCAGCGUUCAGGUGUCAAAAUCUGCAACCGCGAUUCGAAAAAGGCUCAUAAUUUCUGUGUCCUUUCAGAUAUUGCUUGCAUAUUUGGUAUGCAUGUGUAUCUGGACAAUACCUUUCCAUGCGCAUACAAUAUUCUACCCCUGUGACCUUGACCUUGAACUUGAGGUCAAUGUUCAGGUUUUGAAAUAUGCGACCGAGAUUCGAAAAAGGCUCAUCACUACUGUGUCCCUUUAGAUAUUGCUUUCAUAUUUGGUAAGCAUGUGUAUCUGGACAACACCUUUCCAUGCGCAUACAAUUUUUUGCCCCUGUGACCUUGACAUUGAACAUUAGGUCAGCGUUCAGGUUUCAAAUUCUGCGACUGCGAUUUGAAAAAGGUUCUUAACUUAUGUGUCCCUUCAGAUAUUGCUUUCAUAUUUGGUACGCAUGUGUAUCUGGACAAGACCUUUCCAUGCGCAUAAAAGUUUUGCUCCUGUGACCUUGACCUUGAACUUAGGGUUCGUGUUUAGAUUUCGAAAUCUGCGACCGUGACCCCAAAAAGGUUCAUAACUACUAUAUCUUGAGCUUUACUUUAAACAUUUUUAACCAGGUUUUUUGAAGGAAAAAACUGGUUAUUAGAUUGGCGAAUGUCGGCGGGCGGGCUGGCGGGCGGAACAAGCUUGUCCGGGCCAUAACUUUGUCGCUCAUUGUGAGAUUUCAAAAUCAUUUGGCACAUUUGUUCACCAUCAUUAGACGUUGUGUUGCGCGAAAGAAUUACGUCAAUAUCUCCAAGGUCAAGGUCACACUUUGAGUCCAAAGGUCAAAAAUGGCCAUAAAUGAGCUUGUCCAGGCCAUAACUAUGUCAUUCAUUGUGAGAUUUUAAAAUCAUUUGGUAUAUAUGUUCACCACCAUUGGACGGUGUGUCGCACGUAAGAAUUAGGUCAAUAUCUCCAAGGUCAAGGUCGCCAAGACUAAAAAUAUAUUUAUUUUGAAACAAGGGGGUAACUAUGAACAAUCAGUUCAGUUUGAGUUGUUUCCCUUUAUCAGACUUUUUUCAUAUUGAAAACCUGGUUUUGUGACAAUUUUGUCCCUUGUUAAUAAUAAUAAUAAACGAUUUGAUAUUUGUGAACUUUGACAGUUAUAAAGAUGUUGGUGAACUAGAAACGUACUACAGCCACCACAAACCUGUGUGGAUAGCAGUUUAGAAUUGACGAUAUUUAAAAAAUUAUAGCACAAAGGAGGGC